UGUGAACGUCCAUGAGGAAACGGUUUAGUGAGGGAUCUUCAUUAAGAAAGCAAUGUCCGCUCCGUUCUCGCAGGACGUAGGAAAACGCAGCUAGCCAUGUAACCAUGUAGCGGACCGGAACAGGCGCUGGAGAAGCACACGGGUAACAGCGGGCAGAAAUAAUGACGAUACAGCGGACCUACCGAGUAUAACCUCUGCUUAGCCCCAGAUGCCUCCUCUCCCUCUUGACGAGCGCAUAGUGGUUAUUCAGCGGCCUAAAAGCUUGGCCUUGCGUGUGGCCUCCCCACCGUUAACCUCCCAGUCUUCCUCACAACGUCUUACCACCCGCAACGAGCCCCCACCCCGCUCACCACAGCCCCAACCUCCUCCACCCCGUCCCUAUCCACCCACCAACUCUCUGUCCCUGGAAUGCAGGCACAGGCACUUAUCCCGCGCUCAGAGAGCCAAGGGCGAAAGAGGUGCCACCACAGAGGACAGCACCAGGGUCCCUAGUCACUGUCACAGCAAUGGGACUGUGACUCUGGGUCCCAGACCUCACAAGCACACACAUACCAUUGACAUUAAAGUCUCUGUGGACAAAGGAGGGACGCACUCAGACAAAGGGCGCAGUAGCAGCUUAAAUCGAAGUGGGAGCGUCAGAGAAGGCAGAAGCAAGAGGGUGUCUCUGCACGUGGAUCCGGGGCAAGGCGACAGGAAACCCAGAGGAAAGUCUUCAGAGCCAGCUGAGAGGCAACAGAUCCAGAACAAGACCCAGCACAGUAGCCACCAUCAGAAUCACCUAGCAGUGUCACCUGGUGGGGUCCUGGAAUUUGUUCCAGCCCAAAGACAGCAAUCAAAACCUAGGCAGGCAAGAGAAGAAGACUUGUCAUUGAAGUCUCAUUCAGCAACUGCCAACUACAGGGACGUGCCUUCUUUGGGUAACAAAGAGAAUUCCAAACUGGGACCUGUCCAACAGCCUCCCAACCCCCACAGUCUACCCCGCCACCAUAGCUCUGCCCCGUCACCCCAUGCCUCCAUCCUAAACACCCACUACCCAGCUGCCCCACCCUCUGUCCCCUUCCGCGCCCCCUCCUCCUUCCAGCACAUCAGUCAAACCCGUCCUUCCCGUACCAGAGAGCAACGCCCCCAGAUUCUCCACGGCUUGCCUCUCUCUCCCACCUCCUCUCGUGGAGGCUUUCCUAGCCCAGACCACACCUGCACAAUUGACUUUUCUCGCCCUUUCAACUGUGGCUGUUGGAAGCUGGUCCGCUGUAGGGGAGGGAGAGGUCACUCCACUGGCUGUCAAGGUGGUACUGGAAGCCCAUCCUCGUCAUUUUCCCCAGCCCAAGGAGCAACUUCAAACAAGAGAGGAGACGCCACCAUGGGACUGAAGACAUUAGGUGGAUGUCUGUCCACAGCCUCCACCACCAACACCUCCUCAUCCAACAGCACUGUCUCAGACUGCCGCACAGGGCUUCUAAAGCCCUUGAGAUGUGCAUCCUGUUCUGGGGAAGGCAGAGGUUUUGAGAGUCCUGCUGCCUUUCGUAAGAAACUAGUUGGUGGUUGCCUACCCUGUGCCCCACUAUCUUCAUCUGCCCCCUUGCGUGCACUCCAGAGUUGUGUCAGUGGAUGCAACCCUAAGGCAAGUCAGACUGGUAGCUCCACCUGCAGCUACUGCAGCAGUGAUCCAAUAGUCGUGACUUUUAACCCUCACAGAGCGAAGCCUCCCAACAUGGGCCACAGCAUUGGGGCGCAUACCAUGGGAGGGUACCAACCUGAUGACGAUGAUUACAGCAGUUCACCCGCUCCCAACUGA